AUGUCCGAAGCCGACAGCACCAAGAACGGUACCAGCCGUCCGCAGCUCACCUCGAGCAUGCGCAGCAGCUCGUACCUGAGCGAUCACCAGCAGUACCGCCCGCCGACCAAGCCGGACAACCACUAUGGCAUUGACACCGUCGUCGAGGGUGUGCAGAACACCCAGAUCAGCCCGUCCCCGCCCCAGAUCAUCCCCUUCAAUGGCAUUCCCUCGCCCGACAAUCACAAGGUGGUCGAGAGCGGCGUGAGCCAUGACUUCUCCCAUCCGAACUGUGCUGCGGCUCCUGGCACCCCUCGAACGGAUCGUCUCAUUGCUACGCUCAUCUACAAGGCCACCAGUCCGCGUGUGUCAAACGCCGUCCCCUCACCCCGCCUUGCCCCCUCUCCGGGCCUGGACGGCGAGUCGUCCGAUAUCCCUGCCAACAUGGCGCCCACCACCGACCUCGCCGAGUUCCCCAUGGAGCCCCCGAUCGCCGACCCGGAGCCGCUCGACCACCUCUACGGCUCCUACAUCUCGCCCCUCUGCAUCACCUCGUUCCUCCACCUCAUGUCCACCUUUCCGCUGCCGCCGGGCUCAAAUGACCUCAGCAGCUCCCAUAGGUGUCUCGACAAUUCUGAUCACCCACUGGUUGUCGAGCUCACUCUGAGCCCGGCCCCUGCCCCGACGUACCUGAGCCUCAAUGACAUGCGCAAGCACGAGCUCAUCUACCGCUUCGAGCGCGAGUGGAAUGUUGACGUGGUGCUGCAGCCCGACACUCUCUGGCGCCGGCAUCCCCGCCUCGUCGUCUUCGACAUGGACAGCACUCUCAUCACGCAGGAGGUCAUUGACCUGCUUGCCGCUACGAUCACCAACCCCCCCGACCUGGCGGCGCGCGUGGCCGACAUCACCCACCGCGCCAUGCUGGGCGAGCUGGAAUUCGACAGCGCCUUCCGCGAGCGCGUCGCCCUGCUCAAGGGCCUGCCGGCCACCAUCUUCGAGGACCUCCGGCCCGUGCUCGACGUGACCAAGGGGGUGCCGCAGCUCGUCAGGGCGCUCAAGCGGCUGGGCGUCAAGACGGCCGUGCUCAGCGGCGGCUUCCUGCCGCUGACGAGCUGGCUGGCGGGCGAGCUGGGCAUCGACCACGCGCACGCCAACGAGGUGUACGUCGACGACGCCGGCCGCCUGACGGGCGAGGUCAAGGGCCGGAUCGUCGGCAGGGAGCGCAAGCAGGAGCUGCUGCUCGAGAUCGCGGCCCGCGAGGGCGUCGACCCGCGGCAGGUCAUCGCCGUCGGCGACGGCGCCAACGACCUCCUCAUGAUGGAGUCGGCGCGGCUCGGCGUCGCCUGGCACGCCAAGCCCCGCGUGCAGAUGGAGGCCGGCGCCCGGCUCAACGGCGGCAGCCUGCUCGACCUGCUGUACCUGUUUGGCUUCACCAGGGAGGAGAUCGAGGAGCUUUCGGCGUAA